AUGGGUGCCGCCGACAGAUUACAACAGAUCUCUUCCCAGAUCGCGGGAUCGAAAUCAGCAAAGGAGAAGCUCCUUAUCAAGAGCCCCGACGAUAUCGUCGUAACGGCAUGUCUCCGAACUGCCUUCACCAAGGGCGGCAAGGGCGGCUUCAAGGACACAGCCGCCGCUGACCUGAUGGCCGGCGCCCUCAAGGGCAUCAUCGAGCGCUCCAAGAUCGACCCCGCCCUGGUUGAGGAUGUCUGCGUUGGCGAGGUCCUGGCCCCCGGCGGUGGCGCCACCGAGAUGCGAGCCGCUGCCCUGGUCGCCGGCUUCCCAGAGUCCACGGCCGUCCGCACCCUGAACCGACAGUGCUCGUCCGGCCUGCAGGCCUGCGUCGAUGUCGCCAACCAGAUCAAGAGCGGCAUGAUCGAGGUCGGCAUCGGUGCCGGCGUUGAGAGCAUGAGCUUGCAGUACGGCCCGUCCGCCGUUACCGAGUUCUCCGAGCUCCUCGAGUCGCACCCCGAGUCGGCCAACUGCAAGGUGCCCAUGGGUGUCCUGUCGGAGCAGAUGGCUGCGGACCGCAACAUCAAGCGCGCAGACCAGGACGCCUUCGCCGCGUCGUCGUACCAGAAGGCCGGCAAGGCCCAGCAGGCCGGUCUCUUCGACGAGGAGAUCCACCCGCUGACGGUCAAGUUCGAGGACCCCAAGUCCGGCGAGACCAAGACCAUCACCGUGUCCAAGGACGACGGCGUGCGGCCCGGCGUCACGGCCGAGUCGCUGGGCAAGAUGAAGGGUGCCUUCGCGCAGGGCGGCUCCAUCCACGCCGGCAACGCGUCGCAGAUCUCGGACGGCGCGGCCGCCGUGCUGAUGAUGAAGCGCAGCACGGCCGAGCGCCUGGGCCAGCAGAUCCUCGGCAAGUACGUGGCCGCCAGCAUCGUCGGCGUCAAGCCGCUGCUCAUGGGCAUCGGGCCCUGGAAGGCCAUCCCCAAGGUGUUUGAGAAGACGGGCAUCACCAAGGACGACGUCGACAUCUUCGAGAUCAACGAGGCCUUUGCCAGCCAGUGCCUGUGGUGCGCCAACGAGCUGGGCCUGCCCCUCGAGAAGAUCAACCCCAAGGGCGGCGCCAUCGCCUUCGGCCACCCGCUCGGCUGCACCGGCGCCCGCCAGGUCAGCACGCUGCUGUACGAGCUGAGGCGGCGCGGCGAGAAGGUCGGCCUGACCAGCAUGUGCGUUGGCACCGGUAUGGGUAUGGCUGCCAUCUGGGUUGCCGAGUAA